UAAAGCCCCUAUAUCCAGGAGCCUAUUGCUGGGACUCUUUCUUCCUCUGCUCCCUUGAUGGACUCGAACCCUCAACCUUAUGGUUGGAUGACUAAGCUAUCCAUUCCUGGUCAGUGUAAGUUUUUUUCCAUGGUGAUAACAUCUUCAAUGAGUUCUUCAACCCAACAUAAGACUGUGAUUUCAUCAAUGACAACAUUUCUGCCAGGAAACAUUUUAUGUCAUACUAAAUAGGAUCUUUGUAUCUUGGGUAACAAGUGACAUGAUAAGGUGGAGAGACUUGAGGGGAACCCAUAUGCUAGGCUUAUGAAAAAAGAUGAUGUUGAUAAAAAAGGCAUUAGAACAUUUUGUGUAUGUCUCUAGAAAUUGGUAUGGCUGUCAGAUGGUGUUAGUUCGUGUUUGUUGAAGGUCAAGAAUAGCACUGCUUCUGAAUUGGAACAACAAACUUCAUGGAUGAGUAAGAGGAAAUGCAAACUUUCUGGUUGGAAAGCAGGCUUUUCACCUUCUAACACAGCUUUCUAGGCAUACACUUGGAAUUGCUGAUUUCAAGCGUCAAGAGAUGAUGCCUCCCAGGACAGCAACUCGGCUGGGUAAAUGUAACUGUUUGGACAAAGAAGUUGGGCAUGUGGCUAAUAGUUGUCGACUAUAAUUUUAAUCCAUGUUAGCUUUCAGUGGUGUAAUGUGUUAUCAACCCCAAUUUAUGCUUCUCAAGUUGGUUGAAGAUAUGCUGUACACUAUGGCUUAUGAAGCAUGCCUUUAAGGGUCCUAUUUAGCAACUUCUUACUAUGACUCUCUGGUGUUUCUCUUCUUCAACAAUCUUUUUCUAUUAAGGGGAAGAUGAUCAAUUGUGUUUUAUUUUGCUUGUUACUUGCGUAACUGUCAAAUGGUGGUGAUAUUACACGGUGUUACUACAAUAGCAGGAGGUUAUUCACUAAUACCAGGCCGUGCUGAUGGACCUGGAUUAAAUGCAUCAUUCUCAGAUGAUUUUGAACUUUCUUUUGUUCCUGAGAGAUGCACUUUAAUGAUCUCUGACCAUGGCUCUAAGUUAGUCCGCGAAAUACAGCUCAAGGCCGAGGAUUGCUCAAGAGAUUCUCAUUCUGCUCUAAAAGCAGUUUCUACAUGGUUCUUAACCGUGGGGCUUCCCUGCUUAGUCUGCUUGAUUCUCGGUUUGGUCAUUCGUCCUUAUGUUAUCCCAAAUACAGGAACACGGCAGUCGUCUUCAGUGCAACAUGACAUGGAAGCACUUCCUAAUCAGUCUGGAGAGACAAGUUCUGAUGUUCUGCUUCGGCAUCAGAAGCGUAGUUGUUGACUCAAAGAUCUAUUCACUUUUAAGGAAGCUCGUGUUACUUACUUUCUCCCAUCUGCGCCUAAUGUUUAGUCCUAAAGUAGUAGUAUGCCAGACUUCUCGUAAACAACUGGCUCCUCUCUUAAGUUUUGACGACUCUGAAAGCAAAGAAUCAGCAAAAUCACCGGUGGCAGCUAACAUUUUGGAGGAUUUGAUAACUUUUGAUGGAAGUUUAGUUAACUCCGAGCUGACUACUAAUCAAGAUGAUGAGGUGAGCAAAAGUACCGAUAUUUCUGUUGUAGAUAGCAUGAUACUAGCUAAUCUAAAAGGGUUUGCAGAGCAGGGGAUUGAUUCUUCAGGGCCUGAAGUUUCACAGAGCAUUUCGAGCUUAGUUAACCGAAAAAAGAAAGUAACUUAGUGAAGUCUAGUAGUAGUAGCACUAAUGUAUUGCUAUUAACUUUUGCAACUGUUCUGAAAGUUAGUCAGUCUAUCUGCUACCACUUUCAUGUACAUAGUAGGACAAGCAAAUGACUCAAUUAUCUUUUGAGUUAAUAUUUCUGGUCUGUGUUUCUUGUUUCAAUGAAGUGAUGCCUCGUAUGAAAAAACUAUUUCUUUUUGUUUC